AUGGUACGAGAGCGAGAGCCUGCCCGCCAUCCUCUUGCGCCUUCAAUGGGUAAUUCCGCUCCGCCUGCGAAGCCUCUGGAACAUGACAAGCAGAAGACUCAAGAUCCUUUACCCGACCUCGCACCGCAGUUUGGUCAACCUAGUGCUCUUGGACUGUCGCCUCAACCGUAUUCUAGGACGCAACCUCUUGUUCGACCCGGCCCCAACCCUUCUACGACCCGACAGGUCAGUGGAAACCAUGGCGACAAAUACUCAAACCUCUUCGUCCCUUCAAAGAAACCCGUUCACCGACCCGAGUUGCACAAGCCGCACCUAGUCGCGAAUCCCCUUCAAGCCUUUCGAGACAUCCGUCCAGGUCAACCCCAAUCGACGAACCCAACGGCCUCUCGCCGGCAGCUUGAUGAUGACGAAGAUGAAGUUUUCAAGAUCGCAAUACCUACAAACAACUACCCUUCCUGGCAGCACAAGCCUGUUCCUCACCAAAAAUUUUCUGCCCCAUUCUCGACAAACCCUUACAUCAAACCUAAACCACCGGCGGAUAUGACAAGGGACACUUCAAACGAGCUUCCGGGAUGGAAAGAUUCUCGCCAAGACGAUUUCUUCUCGUCCACAGAUCCCUUUACUUACAUGGACGCAGGCAAAGCCAAUGAAAAUAUCAAAGCUCUUCUCGAGGGUGCAUUCGAGGAUGAAGACGACAAACCCCGGACAAGACGGAAAAAGAAAGCCUUGGACCAGAAGCUAGAUGAUUUAACCGCCAAGAUGGAAGGCAUGUCUGUUAAGAACCAAGUCCAGCCCAACAAAGAGGAAGAGGAGGAAGAAGAAGAAGAAGAAGAGGGGGAGGAGGAUGUUGAUGAUGGUGCUAUCCCCGGACUUACAGUCAAGCUACUCCCCCAUCAGAUUGACGGCGUCAACUGGAUGCGAGACAAGGAAACUGGUACCAAGAAAACCCGUGGAGUCUUACCCAAGGGCGGUAUUCUGGCCGAUGACAUGGGCCUCGGCAAGACUAUACAGUCAAUUGCAUUGAUUCUCUCAAAUCGCAGACCCACGACCGAACAACUUGCCGAGACGAAGAAGAAGCUACCUGAAGGCAUCAGUCAUGGAACCUUGGUGGUGGCUCCCCUGGCCCUCAUCAAGCAGUGGGAAGGGGAACUCAAAGAUCGUGUUGAGACCACCCAUGCCUUGAAAGUCUGCGUCCACCAUGGACCCGGCAGAACGAAGAAUUUCAAUGACCUGAAAAAAUAUGAUGUCGUCAUCACCACAUAUCAGACAUUGUCAUCAGAACAUGCCGGCUCGGAAGGGUCUCAAAAGGUCGGUUGUUUCGGUGUACACUGGUUCAGAGUGAUUCUUGAUGAAGCACAUUCCAUCAAGAACAGAAACGCCAAAGCUACAAAGGCCGCGUGUGCUCUGCGCUCUGAGUAUAGAUGGUGUCUCAGUGGCACACCUAUGCAGAACAAUCUGGACGAGCUGCAAAGUCUCAUCCACUUCCUCCAAAUCAAGCCAUAUGACGACCUCAACACUUGGCGUGAGCAGAUCACAAAACCAAUGAACAACGGCAAAGGCGGCCUUGCCCUUCGACGCUUGCAGGUCUACCUCAAGGCAUUCAUGAAGCGACGGACAAAAGACAUUCUCAAACAGGAUGGGGCCUUGAGGUCAGGCAAAGGCAGCGGAUCCGCCGAUAAGGGCAAGGACCCUGGGUUCAAGAUUGUGGCUCGCACAGUGGAAAAGGUCGAGGCUGAAUUUACCGAACAAGAGCGUGGAUUUUACCAGCGCUUAGAGUCACGAACCGACAAGAGCCUUGAAAUGAUGAUGGCAGGAAACAAAAUGAGCUACGCCUCGGCCCUGGUUCUACUGAUGCGACUCAGACAAGCUUGCAAUCACCCCAAACUGACUGGCAGCGAUCUGUCCAACGAGAAAGAUGCGUUUACGGGGAGCCAGACACCAAGUCGCCGAAAGGGCAGCACGGAUGACGACAUGGACUCGAUCGCCAAUAUGCUUGGUGGGCUUAGUGUUCAAACCAAGAGAUGCGAUGUGUGUCAGAUUGAGCUUUCGGGUCUGGAAGCUGCAAAUGGUGCUAUUCGGUGCAUGGAAUGUGAGGAAGACCUCGACAAGCAGAGCGCUGAUGUCAAAGCAAAGAAGUCCAAUCGCCAGAAGCAUGCGAAGAAAGAGAACAAGGGUAUUUCUCAUCAGCGUAAGCAAGCUCGUCGGAUUGUCGUAGACAGCGACGACGAUGAGGAUGAUGAUGAUGACGACACAAACGAGGUGACGAGCGACGAAGAUGAGAACACAUCGUCAGAAGAUGAAGACGAUUCAUCAACUUCCGAACACAAUCUCCUCCAGUCCACCAAGAUCAGACACUUGAUUCAAAUUCUCAAAUCGGACGCGCACAACAACAAAUACAUUGUCUUUUCAUUCUUUACCUCGAUGCUGGACCUGAUCGAACCAUUCCUUAGAUCCAACCGCAUUCGUUUCGUUCGGUAUGACGGCAAGAUGCGCAAUGACGCCCGCGAGGCAAGCUUGAACUCUCUUCGAUCCGACCCCUCAACCAGAGUUUUGCUUUGUUCGCUCCGGGCUGGAUCUCUUGGUCUCAAUCUGACGGCGGCAUCUCGUGUUGUGAUCCUCGAACCGUUUUGGAAUCCGUUUGUGGAGGAGCAAGCGAUCGAUCGGGUCCAUCGGUUGAACCAGACGACGGACGUCAAGGUGUACAAAUUGACCAUCAAAGAUACAGUCGAAGCUCGGAUUCUGGAGUUACAAGACAAGAAACGAGAGCUCGCGAAUGCUACGAUUGAGGGCCGCAAGGGAGCCAUGAAGUUGACACUUCAAGACAUGCUCAAAUUGUUUGGACGUGACGCGGAGCGUGAACAUCGUGUUGAAGUUCCUGCAGUUCAAAAGGUCAAUGGCAGGCCACAAGAAAUGUUCAGACAUCAAAGUGCGGCUUCGGCUGCUGCGCAGGCUCCUGACAACCGAUCCUCCACGCACUCAGCGUCGACAUCUAGAUCCUCGACAAUUUCCGGUCAAGGGGCUAGUGGCCAUAGUGGCUCGAAUCGUCCCCGUGAAAAGAUACGAAUCAGCGAUCCGAACAAGGUGGUGCGGAAGGAGCACGAAGUCUAUGGACGAAGAUGGUGAGGGUGACGUGGAAACGGGACGAAGGAAGGGUCUUGACGAUGGGCAUGAGCUACCAUCCAAGGGCUCUUGUCACAUUUCUCAGUUUUUUGGACGAGUACAAAUGUAGAAGGCUAUGUGGUGUUUUGAAUAAGAUGCUGGGGCUUCAGACGAUGACGAUAGACUGGGUCCAAUGCCAUGUGGUAUAAUAAAAGUCAAGGUAUGCAUGGUGGUUGUGGGGGAGUCAACUACUAGGUACUGUCAGUAUCGAUUGUUGUCACCUCCAUUGCAUGAGACGCUAAAGGUUGGAUUUGAGGAGUGCAGGAAGGAUGUUGGCUACGCGUCUGCUUCUACAGCUUGAAUUAAUACGGGAUCUGGAAGUCAUCAAGCUGACGAGUUG